UCCAGGAGUCAUGCGUUUGCUCCUAUUGUUUCCGCAUAUGGUGCAUGCAGGAGACUCACAGGAUACACGCGCAAUUGCCUCCUUUUGGCAACAGGGCUCCUCCCUUCCCAUAAAUAAUCAGCCCCACACAGCUUCCUCGACUCUGCCAUUUCUUUUUCCAGCGCUGAACGAACUCGACUCUACGACUUCGUACUUUAUUUUCCCACGCAACUGUCAUCCUCCUUCCCAACCUUCAACACACACUCAUCCUUAUCCGCAAAGAUGGCCCAAGAACGCAUGCUUUCUGCUGCUGCGCUCGCUGAAGAGCAGCGCGUCUUCGAUGCCGAGGUCAAGUCCAUCAAGGCUUGGUGGGAAAAUGAGCGUUUCCGUCUCGUCAAGAGGCCGUACUCCGCCGAAGAUGUCGCGAAGAAGCGUGGAACCCUCCCCAUCUCCUACCCGUCUGGGGACCAAGCUAAGAAGCUGUGGAAGCUUUUGCAAAACCACAAGGCGAACAAGACUGCCUCCUUCACCUACGGUGCUCUCGACCCCGUCCAGGUCGCCCAGAUGGGCAAGUACCUCGACACGAUCUACGUGUCCGGAUGGCAAUGCUCUUCCACUGCCUCCUCCUCCAACGAGCCCGGACCGGAUCUUGCUGACUACCCCAUGGACACUGUCCCGAACAAGGUUGAGCACCUUUUCCUUGCUCAGGCAUUCCACGACAGGAAGCAACGCGAGGACCGUCUGUCCUUGUCUCUUGGGGAGCGCGCCAAGGUCCCUUUCACGGACUUCCUGAGGCCCAUCAUCGCCGACGCCGACACCGGUCACGGUGGUAUCACGGCCAACAUGAAGUUGGCAAAGAUGUUCGUUGAGCGUGGUGCUGCUGGUAUUCAUUUGGAGGACCAAGCUGCCGGAACCAAGAAGUGUGGUCACAUGGCUGGAAAGGUGCUGGUCCCUAUUUCUGAGCACAUCAACCGUCUUGUUGCCGUCCGUCUGCAGUUCGACAUCAUGGGAGUUGAAAACAUCGUCGUCGCGCGUACUGAUGCAGAAGCUGCCACCCUCAUCACCUCCAACAUCGACUACCGUGACCACCCCUUCAUCCUCGGUUCCACCAAUCCAAGCCUCCUUCCUUUGGUCGACGUGAUGGUGGAAGCUGAGCGCCAAGGAAAGAUCGGCGCCGCGUUGCAGGCCGUAGAGGACGACUGGGUCAACAAGGCCGGCGUCAAGCUGUACACCGAAGCCGUCGUCGACGCUCUGAAAGCCGCAGGAAAGGCCGGAAGCGUGAACGAAUUCCUGCAAAAGGCGGAAGGUCUCUCCAACGCCAAGGCCCGUGCCCUUGCCAAGUCUUACGGUGUCGAGCCCUUCUGGUGCUGGAACGCACCACGUGUGCGUGAAGGUUACUUCCGCUACCAAGGGGGAACACCCGCCUGCGUCAACCGUGGUCAAGCAUACGCCCCUUACGCUGACCUGAUUUGGAUGGAGACCAAGAAGCCCAUCUUUGCUCAGGCACAAGAGUUCGCCACCGGUGUGCACAAGGUUCACCCCGAGACCAUGCUCGCGUACAACUUGUCGCCAUCCUUCAAUUGGGAUGCCGCUGGCAUGUCUGACGCGCAAAUCUCGAGCUUCAUUGGAGACAUUGCCAAGCUUGGAUUCGUCUGGCAAUUCAUCACGUUGGCUGGGUUCCACUCCGACGCCUUGAUCACGGAUCUCUUCGCACGAGACUACGCCAAGCGCGGUAUGUUGGCCUACGUCGAGGGUAUCCAACGACAAGAACGUUUGAACGGUGUCGAGACUCUCGCACAUCAAAAGUGGUCUGGAGCCGAGUACUUUGACAACCUGAUCAAAACAGUGCAAGGCGGUGUCAGCUCCACAUCCGCGAUGGGCAAGGGAGUGACAGAAUCCCAGUUUGGAGGAAAGCACUGAUUUAUUAGAACCGGAGAAGGCGAUAGGCAUGAUUGAUGGCUAGAGAGGAGUCUGUCAUUUGUGCGCACUUUAAACGGGAAGCGGAGCAUCCCUUCGUCUGCUUUAUAAUUUUGUCAUGAUUGUUCUUUUUUGAUUUUUGAAUUGAAUUUAUUGAUCCCUAGC